GUCUGUUUUUGCACAUUUUGCUGUCUGGGAUGAGCCUUGUUUCAUUUAUUAACGGAAACGCAUGUCCCAAAUACACAGAGCAGAGAUUGCCUCGCGGGGCUUAUUAAGUGGAAAUUAAAAGUACUGUUUGGACAUGUUAUUGUGGCCGUUUCAACAUAGGAAGAGUUUAGAAAAGAAGAUUAAUUAAUGCAGAGAGUCUAUUAAGAAUCUGUGGAAACAGUUGAGUCUACAGAAUUGGAGUGGUUUUGCAAAUCAUUGUGGGCUUCUGUUGCUAGGAUACAAAGAAACACAUGUUGUCAUAUGCCAAAGAAACGUUGAGACUGAUUGGUACAUACGCAGCGGCAACAAGUUGAAACUGGUUGUAAAAUGGGAAUGUUUCUCUCCUCUCUGCGUGUGUGUCAUCACGGGCAUUCUUUACAUUCCACCUGUUUGUAUCGUGGCUACACAACUGCUAAUUAAAUUUCCUGCCACAAACAGCAGGCAAGGCAGUGACAUUUGCAUUACAAUGACCAUUCCCUCCCCCUCCCAAGUGGCAGGGAUAACUGGAGCCCCCCAUUCCCUCCUCACUUUUCCUUUCUUCAAUGGACUUUCUGCUUUGUUGGAAGAUGUUUAUUCGGCUUCAAAGCUUGCAACAAAGUCAUCCAAAGACAGCAUGCAGAGCUCCGAGGGCGGCUCCGACACUUCGCCCAGCGUGGCGGCGCUGCGGACGUCAUCAUCAGCCCAGGCCCCUGUGGUACAGCCUGUUCCAGCCUCCCAACAGAGAGCGCUGGUACAAGCCACAGGCUCAGUUCAGAAGGGAGGACAAGUACAGCAGCUUUCAGUAUCCAGGGCUCAACAGGUGCCUGCACAGGUGCAGCAGUCACAACAUGUCUAUCCAUCCCAGGUGCACUAUGUAGGGGAAGGCGGAGAGGCUGUUUACACUAAUGGGACAAUUCGCACGGCCUACUACAACCCAGAGGCUCAGUUGUACGGUCAGAGCAGCGGGGGAUCGUACUUUGACUCGCAGGCCGGCGGAGCGCACGUCGCCACCGUGGUCUCCUCCGCAAGUGGCGGGGUACCACCUCAUAGCAUGGUGGGCAUUGCCAUGGACGUAAGCAGCAGCCAUAUCAUCUCCAGCGGCAGCACCUAUUUGAUCCAUGGAGGAAACAUGGAAGGAAGCCGCAACCAUAUAUCACACUCCUCUCGCUCUUCUUCAGCUAUGCUUGAAAUGGCGAUUGAAAACCUCCAAAAGUCUGAAGGAAUUGCAAGUCACAAAAGCAGCCUGCUCAACAGCCAUCUCCAGUGGCUGCUGGACAACUACGAGACGGCGGAGGGUGUGAGCCUGCCCCGGUGCUCCCUCUAUAACCAUUACUUGCGGCAUUGCCAGGAGCAGAAACUGGAUCCAGUCAAUGCCGCCUCUUUUGGCAAGCUCAUUCGCUCCGUCUUCAUGGGCCUCAGGACCCGGCGCCUCGGAACCAGAGGCAACUCAAAGUAUCAUUACUAUGGCAUCCGGGUGAAGCCAGACUCCCCCCUAAACCGGCUGCAGGAGGACACCCAGUACAUGGCCAUGAGGCAGCAGCCUGUCCACCAGAAACAAAGGUUCAAACCUCUGCAGAAGGUCGACGGAAUGCCUGACAACCUGUGCGUCAACUCGCACUGCAACAACACUCCAGAACAGUCUGUUGCCGCUCAGAGCCAACACCAUCAGCAGUACAUCGACACAGCCCACAGCUUGCCCGAGUUUCCCGCUCCCGAGGUGGGCACUCAGCCUCUGCCAGAGCGCAUCAGUAUGAACGACAUCAAGAAGCUGCAGACCCUCUACAGAGACCACUGCGAGGCCACACUAGACGUGGUGAUGAACCUCCAGUUCCACUACAUCGAAAAGCUCUGGCAGACCUUUUGGUACUCAACAGCACCAUCUAGUGACUCGAGCACCGCCAUUCCCAACAGUGAUGAUGAACUGGAAGGCGUGCUGCCCAGAGAGAAGCUGGUAAAUCUUUGCAAAUAUGAACCAGUGCGACUAUGGAUGAGAAGCUGUGAUCACAUCCUCUACCAGGCCUUGGUGGAGAUCCUCAUCCCGGAUGUGCUGCGGCCUGUUCCCAGCACUCUCACUCAGGCCAUCAGGAACUUUGCCAAGAGUCUGGAGGGAUGGCUGACGAAUGCCAUGACCAGCUUCCCUCAAGAAAUCAUCCGCACGAAGGUGGCGGUGGUCAGUGCCUUCGCGCAGACGCUGAGACGUUACACCAGCCUGAACCACCUCGCCCAGGCGGCACGCGCCGUCCUCCAGAACACCUCACAGAUCAACCAGAUGCUCUCGGACCUCAACCGGGUCGACUUCGCUAACGUCCAGGAGCAGGCGUCGUGGGUGUGCCAGUGCGACGAGAGCGUGGUGCAGCGUCUGGAGCAGGACUUCAAAGUCACCCUGCAGCAGCAGAGUUCUCUGGACCAGUGGGCCACUUGGUUGGACAACGUGGUCUCUCAGGUGCUCAAGCCUCACCAGGGCAGCCCCAGCUUCCCCAAGGCGGCACGGCAGUUUCUGCUCAAAUGGUCCUUCUACAGCUCCAUGGUGAUUCGAGACCUGACUCUGCGCAGCGCUGCCAGUUUCGGUUCCUUCCACCUGAUCCGCCUGUUGUACGACGAGUACAUGUUCUACCUGGUGGAGCACCGGGUAGCUCAGGCCACCGGAGAGACGCCCAUCGCCGUCAUGGGAGAGUUCAGUGACCUGAACUCCAUGAUGCCAUCACUCAUGGAAAAAGACGUGUCUUUCUCGGAUGAGCUGAGCGACCUGGGCAGCGACGCAGACGUGUCUCGAAGCGAGCCGGCCGUCAAGCGGGAGCGCAUCGAAAUGAGCCACCCUCUGCAGGAGAUGUGAGGCCGGUGCGCUCGGCCCACGUCGCUUCCCCGCCCGUGUACAUUUGUCUAGUUAGAUCCAGCGGCUGUGUUGUCAGUCCUAGCAAUGGUAACACCGCUGCAUUUUUUUUUUUUUUUUUAUGA